GUGCGGUUUGAAUCAGGAACAAAAUCUUCUGAAAGCUCAGAACAGAAGCCUUUUUUGGUCAACAUGGAGGACAAAAGAAAGCGAGCCCGUGUACAGGGAGCCUGGGCUGCCCCUGCUAAGAGCCAGGCCAUUGCUCAGCCAGCUACUACUGCUAAGAGCCAACUCCACCAGAUGCCUGGUCAUACCUGGGGGAACAAAGAGCAUCAUCUAUCUGACAGAGAGUUUGUGUUCAAGGAACCCCAGCAGGUAGUACGUAAAGCCCCAGAGCCACGAGUGAUUGACAGAGAGGGUGUGUAUGAAAUCAGUCUGUCACCCACAGGUGUAUCUAGGGUGCGUUUGUAUCCUGGCUUUGUUGACUUACAAGAAGCCGACUGGAUCUUGGAACAGCUUUGUCGGGAUAUUCCCUGGAAGCAGAGGACUGGCAUCAGACAGGAUAUAACUUAUCAGCAACCAAGACUUACAGCAUGGUAUGGAGAACUUCCUUACACUUAUUCAAGAAUCACUUUGGAACCAAAUCCUCACAUAAACUUGGAGAAUGAGAAAAAAACUGGAACUAGAGUAAACUGGAACCAGAGUCCAGAAUUUCAGAAAAAUGAACUUUUUCUACUCCUAAUAUCCCCUUCCCCAAGCUUUUCUGGCUGUAACCUUUCUGUGUACACCCUGGUAUACAUUUGCAGUGGGGCUAUGUCCCUAUGGCUGGCAAGUGAGUGGCAUCCUGUGCUGAGCACACUAAAGAACCGCAUUGAAGACAACACCGGCCACACCUUUAACUCCUUACUCUGCAACCUUUACCGAAAUGAGAAGGACAGUGUGGACUGGCACAGUGAUGACGAACCCUCGCUAGGGAGGUGCCCCAUCAUUGCUUCGCUCAGUUUUGGUGCCACACGCACUUUUGAAAUGAGGAAGAAGCCCCCACCAGAAGAGAAUGGAGACUACACAUAUGUGGAAAAAGUGAAGAUACCCUUGGAUCACGGAACCUUGCUAAUCAUGGAAGGAGCUGCACAAGCUGACUGGCAGCAUCGAGUGCCCAAAGAAUACCACUCUAGAGAACCGAGAGUAAACCUAACCUUUCGGACAGUUUAUCCAGACCCUAGAGGAGCAUCCUGGUGAUGGGAGGUCUUUGAGAGAGAAGCUGCACAGAGACUGAGCAAACCUCCCCCGAGGAGAAACCUCAAGAGGCUGGCUCAGCUGAUCUCCUGGUGUGGCUGUUUGGAAGAUCAUAGGAUUUGUUCCCCAGUUUGGAGUCCCAUUAAAUGAGAGCCAGCAGUU